CGUUUGGAUGGUUCUACGUGCUGAGAAGCAAAACAAAUCCUGUUUGUCGUGUUUUUCCUGGAACACACCAGCAGCUGUCAGUACUUACAGCUGGAGGAAGGCGGGGCGUUUCCCUCACAUACAAAACACAAAGUUCCAGGAACAGCAGUGAGGCGUGUUUGGGAGCUCUGCUUCUUCCAGGGUUACCGGACUUUGUGGCUGCUGUGGUUUAUAAAGGAGGAUGAAGAUGUUGCUGUUUGUCCUCCUGUUUCCCAGCAUGCUCUGGCUGUGGUGGUGGAGGUGACUGAGGGGGAAAGGUCUGUCCUGCUGCCAUGUCUGUUUUCAAGUAUUACACCUGAGGACGAUCCCACAGUGAUGUGGACUCGCAGUGACCUCGACCCCAAAUCUGUACACCAACGAGGCGAAGGAGGAGAUGAUCUUAGAGGACAAAACCAGCGUUACAGAGAACGCACAUCAAUGAGACCGGAUGCUUUGGACUCUUCAGACUUCAGCCUCACUCUGAGAAAACCCACAAAGAGUGACAGUGGCAACUACACCUGCUCCAUCAGUGCUGGAAGUGAUGAACGGAGAGUCGGAGAUAUCCAGCUGAAAGUCAAAGACCAGCAGGUGGAGGUGAAGGUGGAGGAAGGGUCAGACUCUGUCAUCCUGCCCUGCAAAACAACACCUGACCUGCCUGAGGACACCAGAGUGGAGUGGACUCGCUCUGAAGUGGGACUCAUCACAGUCCAUGAGUAUUCUAACAGAAAUGAUGACCUUAUGACUCAGGACGAAGUUUACAGAGACCGAACGAAGAUGAAUGAAGACCUGCUGAGAACUGGAGACCUCAGUCUGACCCUGAAACAGCCCAAAGUGAAAGACACAGGACGAUACAUCUGCACCAUCUACAGAGACAAAGACAUCCUGAGACAGAAAGUAGUGCUGCAGGUCAAAGACCAGCAGGUGGAGGUGAAGGUGAGGGAAGGGUCACAGUUUGUCAUCCUGCCCUGCAACACAACACCUGACCUGCCUGAGGACAGCACAGUGGAGUGGACUCGCUCUGACCUCGGACUCAUCACAGUCCAUGAGUAUUCUAACAGAAAUGAUGAGCUCAUGACUCAGGAUGAAGUUUACAGAGACCGAACGAAGAUGAAUGAAGACCUGCUGAGAACUGGAGACCUCAGUCUGACCCUGAAACAGCCCAAAGUGAAAGACACAGGACGAUACAUCUGCACCAUCUACAGGGACAAAGACAUCCUGAGACAAAAAGUAGUGCUGCAGGUCAAAGAACCAUUUCCAUCCUGGUCCAAAGUUUUAGUGGGUCUCCUGGUUCUCCUGGUUGUUCUUGGGGUUUCUGGAGGUCUUUUUUUUCAUUUGCGGCAGUAUUUCAUGUCAGGUGAGUGUCUCCUACUACACUACCCAUAAUGCCGAGCGUUAGCAGGUGUCUGCUCAUGUUUCAAACCUCUUUUCCCCACUCUGCGACACACCUGCCGGGGAUCAAACACUGGUUUGUGGCUCUAUAAAAAGGAACUCCAUAAACCUUUGACAUCUGACAAAAAGUCAGAGCACUCUUGAGACAACCAUUCAUUUAGUGUUAAUGGUGAUAACUUCAUCAAUUUCUUCACAAAUACAAUUUUAACCAUUAGAGAAAGAAUUACCCACAAGAUCAA